GGCUACGAAGCAGUGGAACUUAGGUUGAAAUGUCUGCAGCAAAUUCUAUGCUUGGAAACGGUUGUACGCUCUUGGAAAAGGUCGCACGCCUGUUUGUUACUAGAUUUCUAAGACAAUAUACCUCUACAGGAUGCUUCAUUUUAAUAGAGGAAGACGGCGCAAUAUUAACCUUUGAGGGAACGAGCAUCGGCUGUUCUUUAAAAUCUAUUCUUAAAGUUCACAAUCCUCAGUUUUACUGGAAGGUAAUGACUCGGUCUGAUUUAGGCCUUGCAGAUGCAUACAUCAAUGGAGAUUUUUCUUUCGAUGAUAAAGACAAAGGUCUUGAGAAUCUCUUUUCGAUUCUCAUUGCCAAUAGAGAUUCAAAUUCUUCCCUCUCAAACAUGAGCAAGAAAAGGGGAUGGUGGACGCCAUUGUUAUAUGCAGCUAGUAUAACCCCAGCACGAUAUUUCUUUCAUCACAUUUCAAGGCAAAACACUCUCACACAGGCUCGGAGGAACAUCUCUCGCCAUUAUGACCUGAGUAAUGAACUAUUUUCGUUGUUCUUGGACGAAACGAUGAUGUAUUCCACUGCUAUUUUUAAGGAAGAAGAUGAAGAGUUGAAGAUUGCACAGCUAAGGAAAAUCAAUAUUCUAAUUGAAAAGGCUAGAAUUAAUAAGAACCAUGAAGUCCUUGAGAUUGGCUGUGGUUGGGGCAGCUUCGCUAUUGAAGUGGUCAAGCAAACUGGUUGUAGAUACACUGGCAUUACUUUGUCCGAGGAACAACUGAAAUUUGCCGAAAAGAAAGUGAAAGAUGCUGGUCUUCAGGACUACAUCAAUUUUCUGUUGUGUGACUACCGCAAACUGCCUCCAAACUACAAGUAUGACAGAAUUAUUUCUUGUGAGAUGCUGGAACACGUCGGCCACAAAUUUAUGGACGAAUUCUUUGGUUGCUGUGAAUCUCUCCUAGCAGAAAAAGGGCUUCUUGUUCUACAGUUCACAUCACUACCGGAUGAGCGUUAUGAUGAGUACAGACAAAGUUCAGACUUCAUAAAUGAAUAUAUUUUUCCUGGUGCAUGUAUACCUUCGUUAAGUAGGGUAACAUCAGCCAUGGCUGCUUCUUCUAGACUCAGUGUGGAGCAUUUGGAAAAUAUUGGAAUCCAUUAUUAUCGAACGCUUAAAUAUUGGAGAAAAAAUUUCUUGGAGAAACAUGAUGAAAUACUAGCUCUUGGAUUUGAUGAAAAGUUCAUUCGGACAUGGGAGUAUUAUUUUGAUUAUUGUGCGGCAGGAUUCAACUCAUGCACGCUUGGAAAUUACCAGAUUGUGUUUUCUCGUCCUGGUAAUGUUCCUGUAUUAGGCAACCCCUACAAAGGCUUCCCUUCUGCUUAUUGAUUGUUCUACCAAGUCUCUCUGCAGGACAAACUGUUGCUGAUUGAAAUGGUGUCUAGAAAGUUAUUUUAUAUGUUAUGUUGGAUUGAAUAAGCUUGUCUUCAAUACAUUAGCUAUAUUUUGCUUUACCAGGUCGUGGCCUCCUUGUAACAUAAUUCCCUUCACUGAAAUAAAUCUAGACAA